UGCGGUGUAUUUUAACUAAAAAACAAGAUUUAAGAAAAGAAAAAAUACUAAGAAAAAAAGUACGCUAAACAUUUAAAAAGAAAAUUAAUUAAAAAAAUACUAUAUAAAAACUAAUAAGAAGAUAAGAUUGAUAACAACAAAAACCAAAAUAUUUAAAUUAAUUGAAAAAAAAAAACGCAGACUAUUUAACGAACUAAAAUAAAAGUGAUAAAAAAUUCUAUAGACUAAAAAAUUAAUUAAUUUUAAAUUUAAGAAAAUUUAAAAUUGUUAAAAAAAGUAAAUAAGCAGCAAGUUCCUCUUGUAAUUUUUUUUGUGCACCAAAAGUCAACAAACAUUUUUUAUAAGAAAAAUGUAUGUUGCAAAUUCCACUGGUGGUCUCAUGUUGCAGACCAUGCUGUAUUUGGCAAAUCAUACUAGCCGAGCAGCUGUGAAUACAUUAAUUGAUCUACCUCCUGCCCCAAAAAGUGAUCCUAAUGAAGUAAAAUGUUACGGUGUUUAUGGCUGUUUUCCGUUGAAUGGUCCCUGGACUGCUAAGACCCGGCAAAUAAAUGUACAUCCCCAAAAACCUUCCCAAAUAGAGCCACAUUAUACUUUGUAUACAACACAAGCAUUGGAUCAACCCAAAUAUAUAGAUUUAAAUGAUCCCGAGGCAGUACAACAUAUGGGUAUUAAUCCUAAAGGAAAAAUAUUCUUUCUAUCGCAUGGCUAUUUGGAAGCGGGAAAUGUUCCAUGGAUGGUAGAAUUGGCUAAAACGAUUUUGAGCCAUGAACCGGAAGGUGAAGCUGCUGUAGUGCUUAUCGAUUGGGGUGGUGGCUCGAGCCCUCCUUAUGUUCAGGCUGUAGCCAAUAUCCGUUUAGUGGGAGCCAUUACUGCUCAUGUUAUACACAUGGUUUAUGAGGAAUUGGGCUUAAAGGAUUUAAGUAAUUUCCAUUUCAUUGGCCACUCUUUGGGUUCCCAUGUAGCCGGCUAUACUGGUUCUUAUUUACAAACCGAUUUUGGUUUAAAACUCGCCCGUAUUACUGCUUUAGACCCGGCAGCUCCUCUAUUUGCUGAAACUGAUCCUAUAGUACGUUUAGAUAGAUCCGAUGCCCAUUUUGUAGAUGUUAUCCAUACCGAUGGUAAUUUAUUGGGCGGUUUGGGUUUAUACCAGCGUGUUGGUCAUGUGGACUUUUAUCCCAAUGGCGGCAUAAACAUGCCGGGCUGUGAUGCUAAAUUGCAAGAUUAUAUGCGCAAUCGUCAAAAUUCCGUAUUCGCUAAUAUGCAACAGUUUUUGGGUUGUAAUCAUAUUAGAAGUUAUCAAUACUUUACGGAGAGUAUAAAAAGUAAAUGUCCCUUUAUGGCCAUAACCUGUGAUUCGUAUGAAAGUUUCCAGGAGGGAAAAUGUGCCAGAUGUGAUGAAAAUGGUCAUCAAUGUAUGCGCAUGGGUUAUUAUACUCUGGAAGACUAUAAACGUUUAACACAGCAGAAGAAGAUAAAUCCAGAAAAGCCGCCCAUAUUAUAUUUGAUGACCGGUGAUCAUCCACCCUAUUGCCGUCACCACUACAAAGUCACAGUCCAUGUUUCGGGCCAUGAUGAAAGUACUACGCAUGGCGGUGAAAUUGGUACUUUGUCGGUACGUUUGCAUGGUAAAAAUCGCAAAAGAACGACGGAGAAAAUGAAAUUCUCCCCAAAGCCCAUGUAUUUUGAACCCACACACGAAUACAGUUCCAUGGUGGCCGGCAAAUAUAUUAAAGAUCCUGUCUACGCCAGUGUAUUUUGGGAAUAUCAAACAAGUCUGUUUAAUCCACUCACCUGGCGUAUUCUAUCAUCACCUAGAAUAUUCAUAUCGAACGUUCAUGUUGAAUCAUUAGAAUCACCUCAUAUGCAUCUGAAUUUAUGUCCCAUCAGUGAAGAUUCUGCUGUAAUAGCGGGUAGUGAAAAUAUAAUGCAAGAAAAAUACUGCGCGAAUAAGAAAAAUAUGGGGAAUCACAAUUAAAGGGUGGGCGACUCUGCUAAACACACACAAAAGUCAAGAAAUUGUAAAAGAUUGAAGAAAAACAACGCAUUCAGAAAUUUAACGAAGAAAAACAUUUAGCAAAAACACAAACCAGAAAUGGAAAAAAUUAAAAACUUAAAUUUCCCCCAAAAGGGAAUUUAGCUACAAACCAAACCUUUCAUAUAAAUUUUCCUUUCAUGGUUUGUUUCCCAACUGAAAGGGAAAUUUUGUGUAUAAAUUACCC